AUGCAAAACUAGAAUUAAGCAGAUUUCGAAUAUACAAAUGAUGUUUCUAAAUAAUUAGAAUACGAAGAUGCUAAACUAAAUUAAUGUACACUUGAUUUUAAGACCAAAUAAGGUUAAUAUGAUAAUCAAAAAAUAAUCAAUUCAAAAAGAUUUUAUGAAACUAAUGUAGAUGAUAACAAACAAGAUGGAGAUAGCUCUUACAUUAUCAAUUUUAUUAAUUCAAAGAAGCAGAGUGAGGAUUAUUCUGAUAAUGAAGCACUUAAACAAAAUAGUAAUCAUGGUAGCAUUACUAAAAAAAAGCAUUAGCUAUCUUAAUAUGACUAGAAUUUGAUUUUAAAUUAAUCUUAUUUUUCAGAUUAACCAAAGAAAGAAUCAGGAUAAUUAGAAGAACAUUUUCGCUCUACUAAUUAAAAAGAUCAAGGAGUAAUAGUGGAGCGACCCUCAGAUAGAUUGACAUUAUAAAGCGUUCUUUCAAAUUAAAAGUGUGACGUUAGUGAUACAUUGAGCAGGAAGAAAAAAUAAAGUGGUUAGAGGGCAGAUAAAAAGCACCUUACUACCAAUGUGAAUAAAGCAAAUAACAAACAGAAUAACGUAUAAGAAUAUACAAAGAGCACUUUUAAAAAGAAAAUUAAAUAAGAUGAUAUAGAUAGGUUUUAUUAAAGAAUUAAAGCCUUCUUUUACAAUAAAACCUACUCUGGAAAGACUAAAUAGUUAACCGAAAAGGUGAGAUUGAAAAUUGGUGAUAAAUCUGACUAUGUUGACUAAGAUCAUAGGAUAUCUAUGCAUGUCAAAAUUAUUGAUUUGAUUGUCGCAUAAGUAGUUUGGAUAGCUGAUAUGUUGAUUUAGAUGAAUACAGCUAUGUAUCAUGAUAACGAAUUCACUGAAGAUAGAAGGAUUAUUAUGAAGACAUUUUUAAAAGAGUAUUUUUUCUUUGAGGUACUUCCUAUCAUAUUUGAGAACCUUCAUUCGUCAAAUAUUUAUGUUAGUAUCCUUUUUCAUUUACCUCUGUUGCUUAAGAUGAAAGGCAUUAUGAUUAUGCUAGAUAACUUAGAGUUCUACAUUCUAUAAAUGUUAGAUAAUCAUUCUAUUUUUUAACUUUUUAAACUAAUAAUGAAAAUGCUUCUUUUUGGUCAUAUACUUGCCUGCUUAAAAUAUGUUGUUGUUUAGUUAGAAUUAAACUAUCAAGAAUAAAAAAUAUGGAGCUAAAGCGAAGUAUUGUACUCUUCUCAAGAUUAGAUAACUAAUUAUUUGUAAUGCAUGUAUUGGGCUUUUACAGUCAUGCUUAAUGUUUAAUAACCAACUCCAUCUACAAACUUAGAAUUAGUUUUUACUACAUUUUGUAUGAUACUUUCUAGUAUCGCAUUUGGGUAUAUUUUAUCUGCAAUAGCUAGCAUAUUAAGUAAACUUAAUAAAAAUACUGAGGAUUUCAACAAAGACCUUAACAUACUAAAUUAAUAUAUGAAGAGGAAAAAAAUAGAAAUAAGUUUAAAAAGAAGAGCAAAUAUUAAUCUAAAAAAGUAUUAUUAGUAACAGCUGAGAACUAAUAUUGUAGAAGAAAAAGCUACUCUAUAAAAAGUAAAUUCAAGAAUGCUUAAAGAAUUGCUUGUAUCUUCCAACUAAAAAAUUUUGAAAUACUGUCCUUUUCUGACUAAUUUAUUUAGUGAAAGUACCCUUUAACAGAUUUGUAUGAGUGUUGAAGAAGUUUAUUAUACACCUCAAGAAACUAUUGUUGACAGUGAAUUAAAGUAAUCUGAGCAUUAUCUAUAUAUUAUCAUAGAUGGAAAGGUUAAAGUUUGUGAAAAUUAUGAUAGAUUAGCAUAGCCCAUAAACUAAUAAAAUUACUUUAUUACACAACAAAGAUUGCUUGAUAAGCUUAUGGAGCUGUAAAGAAUAAAAAAGACAAACUAAGUUGACAAUUCUUUUUAAGGUGAAAUAUAUUAGAAAGGAGAUUAUUUUGGGCUUUUGGGUUUGAUUCUUGACACUUAAUUAAUAUAAAAGGCAUAAAGCCUAGAAUAUACUACAAUUUUAAGGUUAUCUAGGAAAGAGUUAGACAGAAUUAUUAUGCUAAAUUAAAAAGACCGAGAAAUGUUUAUGGAAUUAAAAGAUAGGAUUUUAUAUAAUAAGGAUUUUAAUUAGCUUUAAGUUCAUUGCUAGUUUUGUAAUAGUAGAUAGCACAUCAAUUAGUAGUGCAUUCUACUGCAUUUUGAUAGGUCAAAUUAAAUUCUGCAUUCUAAAAAUAACUUCUCUCAAAGCUAAGCUAGAGGAAAUCUAAAUUAAAAAAGGAAGUAAAAGUAUUUCCAUUCACUUUUAGAUCAACGAUAAAUUGAAGAUAACCUAUUUGAGUUAAAAAGUAACUAUGGAAUGCAAUCUACCAAUCGAAUUGAAUUUACACAAUAAGAAAUAAUGGAUGAAUCAUAAGAAAACAGUUAAGAUUAGUCAAAUUUAGAAUAAAAUGAAGAGCUAUUUGGAAGUCUUGAAGAAUUAAAAAUUUUAGAAAAGAGUUUUGAGGAAAAUAAUGAACUUGAUUAGAAACAGUAUGAAUCUAUAAGUCUUGAUAAUCCUAAUACCGUAUCAUCAAAUAUGAAAAAAUUUUAAUCAAGAACUUCGUAAAGAGAAAAACUAAAAUAAUAAAUUAAAGAUAAUUUAUUUAGUAAGUAAAUUAACUAUGAUGAUUCAUUAAAAAUAAGCAGCUUUAACGAAUUAAGAUUAGAUGAGGCUUAAUAAACGUAUACUUAAUAAACGAAUUAAUUGACUACAGAAUUAUAAAGAUAAAGUGCUUAAUCGCUCUAUAAUUUGAAAUAAAACGAUAUUAGUAUAUCAAUAAACUAAUAAAUUUAGAAUAAUUAGUAAUUAUCAAAUAGAGUGAGAGUAAAGUCUUAGUUAUCUGCUGUAGAUGAAGAUACGUUUAUUAUUGAUUAAAUAGAAGAUGAUUAUAUUUCCAAAAAAUCAAUCCAAUAAAUGCCUUCCUACAUACAGCAUAGAAGCUAUGAUGUGUACUUUCAGGAUGUUAUUCAUCUGUAAUAAUAAUAAUUAUAACAAUAAUAAUAACAUGAAAAAACUUCCUCAUAAAAUUCUUUAUUUAACAUUCAAAGAAUACCUACAAUAGAUACUGGCCCUAAUAAGAGAUAAAUUAACUAGAGUUAGAAUCAUACUCCUUCAAGUAAGUAAAAGUACUUUGGUUCUAACAAAAUGAUUGAGAAACAAAGCACGUUGAGUUCUAAUCUCUAAAAGAAAAAGAAUUCAUUGAAGAAUUCAUCUAGUAUUAACUGCUAAAGCACUUCACUGUAGCCUACAAUAUCAGUAAGGGAUCUAAGAAAUGGUAAUUCUAAAAAAGAACAAAUUCAUUCAUAACUAUCGAAAAUGAUGACAAAAAUUUCUUAAAAAAGUGGCUCAAUACCUUAUAAAGUAGAGCAAGAUCUUAAAAAAACAACAAAAACAAACAUUUAAAAUUCAGAAAUAGAUUUUUAAGAUUUUAUGGAAUCAGACAAACACCACAGACAUUAAAAUAGUAAACAUUUAAAUUAAGAUAAAAUAAUUUAUUGGUAUUUUGACAAGAUAUAAAUAUUCUAAUAUUACUUUUAUAAUAAUAAUUACCCACAAUAAAUUAAAAAAUACACUGACUAUUAAGAAAAAUAGGAUCAAAAGGCUAAAAAUUUUGCAAGACAAAAAUCUUUUGUUUGA